AAUAAAUCUGAAUUUGGUUGUGUGUUGUUUUCGCAACAGCUGGCUGGUGGAGCACACAGACUGUGGUCGAGCAUAAUAUAUAUUUAAAAAAAAAUGGAUAUUAAUUUAAACUCUUUCAUUAAAUCAUAAAAACAAGGUAUUGCUAUUGUAUUUAUCAUUUAUACAAGAUUUGGAUACGCCUAGUUAAUUUUAGGUAUGAUUGAUAUCAAUAUCAAUCAAAAUAAUUAGCCCAGUAUCAGUAAGCCUUAUCACACUCAUAACUCACAAUACAUCUCAUAAACGGAAUCAAUUCAAGGCAUUCAAGGGAUUUCUGCAUUUUCAAUUUCCACUGAGUUCUGACUGAGAUUGUGAGUUUAGAUUUAGACUUAGAAAGUUAUUGAAGAAUUAUACUUAAUAAUAAAAGACAGAGGCCCCCUAUAUAUCAAUAAUUUUAUAAUGAAUAAUAUGAAAGUCUACAUAACUAAUUAUAUUAAUUUAAUUAGAGCAGGGGUGGCCAACCUUUUCAGUAGACUCAGUAGAUGGGCCAAAUUCAGAAAUAAAUUUCCUGCCCGGCCACACACCUAAUUUUUUUUUUGUUAGUUAAAGUAAACAAGCAAGCGUGCUACAGCUUCGAUGUCGCAUACCAGUAGGCUAGUACUAGUAGGUGAGAUCCUGGUCAAACGCUUGCCUGUUUUAAUGUAAAAAAAACAACAAGAAAUAGGUAUACCCGGUAUUUAUUAAUUUUGUUUUAAAGAUAAUAAAACAUAACUGAGAAUCAAACAUUCAUUACACAAUUGAAAAAUAUUUAAAAGUGAGACAUCUAACUUUGUUUUGCAGAGCUAAGUGCAUCAAAAUUGCUCCUGACUGAUGUAUUCGCUACACGCAAUCAGUUUUCCAAAUGAACAUCAGUAAUUCGUGUUCUCACUUAUGAUUUGAUGUGCUUCAUAUGACUAAAAAGCUAUUCACUUGCAUAAGUGUUUCAAAAUAGCGAAACCAUAGACAGAGCAUGUUUGUAAAACGCAGGAUACUUAUCCUUGUCCAAAUACGUUUUGUAGAACUCUUCCAAAUACGUUUUGUAGAACUCUUCCAAAACAUCUUGAUAGAAUUUCUACUUUAACUAUGUAUCACAAUACAUUUCACAAUGGUCCAUGUGUAAUCUUCCUGGUAAUAAAUUAACGCCUACUGUGAAUGGUGUUGCUAAUGCACAAAAAAGCAAAGGAUUUUUUUUAAAAUCCUGAAACUGGUAUUCAAAUUCGUGGUUUAUCUCAGAUAUCAAAUAAGCGUAUUUAUCUUCAGCCUCCUGUGUGACAUCUGGUUGCAAUGACACUGUAGGAAAGUGAGUAAAGUUUUUUGUCCUCAACUGUUGUUCUCAAAGACUAUGUUUCAUUUGAAAUGCAGAUAUAUGAUCAUAAAUCUUAUUUAUUAAAUUGAUUUUUCCCUCGUUGACAGGUAUUAACAUCAUUUAGGUGCCCAUUUUUAUGGACCAGAAGUACAAAGUCGCAAACCCACUCUUUACAUAUUGAUUUUUGCUUGCAAAGAAUGAUUUUAUUUAUUGCUGUAAAUCAAACACUCUUUUCAACAUUUUGGCACCGGUUAACCAUUUUACUUAUGCAUAAAAUUUAACAUCAUUAUAAUCUGAGUUCAAAGACUUUAGAAAUUCUUGGAACUGAUGGUGGUUUGACUUAAUGGAGAUCACUAUUUUGACAACCACUUUUAUGACAUGGUCCAUUUUAAGAGACUUUGAACAUAAAUUCUUCUUAUGAAUAAUGCAAUGAAAAUUUAGCAUUGAAGUAUUACUGAAUUUGGGGACAUCAUUUUCAAUCAAUUUUACUAAACCUUUGUGUUUCCUAACUUUUGCUGGAGCACCAUAUGUUGUUAAGCCCGAUAAGUUAAAUUGUAACAAAAAGUGAUUCAAUGUUGAUGUAACUGCGCUUAACAAAUCUCGUGACUUGGUAGUGUCCAUAAGUUGAGACAUUGCCGCUAAUUCUUCUGUCUUUUUUAAAAUGGACAUCAACAACCCUGAUAAAAAUUGCCAGUUGGACAGUAUGUGCCAUAUCUCUGCUUUCAUCCAAUGCUAGAGCAUGAAAUAUAAACUUGGAUGCUCAACUUUUCAAAUAAUCUUCAAAGUUUUCCAAUGUCAUCAAGACGCCUAGUAAUAGUCUGACGAGACAGACUUAUUUUUUAAGAAAUCCUUCUUUUCUGGACACAGAAUUUCAUUGACACUCUCCAAAUAUUCCUUAACCAUUUCACCAUCUAAAUAUGGCUUCCAUUUUUUUACUAGUAUCAUGGCUACUGCAUAACUAGCUUUUACAUAGUAUGUUGACUCUGAACUUGCUCUAGUAAAUAGCUUUUGUUGUGCAGAAUUUUUUUAAAAAAGUCAUUUACUUGGUCUUAUCAAAAUUGCCCUUUGUACUUCUUUUGUACUUAUCAAACUUAUUUGCAUGGUUAGUCUGUUAGUGCCGUUUGAUGUUAUACUCUUUCAAAACAAAAACAGAUUCGUUGCAUAUAAAACAUAUGGGCUUCGUUUUAAUUUCAUGAAAAUUUAUUGUCCCCCUGCCUUGAAAACUUCUUAAUUCUUCUGUUAUCCUUCUCUUCUUUGGUCCAAUAAAUAUGUAUUUUAGCGUUGAUUGCAAAAUCUCUCCAGACACAGUGACGAUAAUGGAACGAAAAUACAGAAUAACACAGAACUUUGUCAAGCUGGACUGAAAUUAGUUAUGAGUAUGAGCGUUGUGAGCUUGCCGAAGACCACAGAACACAUAUAUCAGAAGUUGAAGUCUCAUAUUAAAUUUUUUCAACACUUAGUGUUGGAAAAAAAAAUACAACUUUGAGUGUCAAAUAGCGGGAUAUUUGAAAUAGCUAAAAUCUAUGAAUUUUCUAGAAAAUGCGGGAUGUUCAAAUAGCUCAAAACCAAUUAAUUUUUUCCCAAAAAUGCUAGACAUUUCAAAUUUCUCCUAGCUAUUAUUUUAAAAUAUAUGAUAUGAACGACUCAUGACGUAAUGUUCUUUUGGUGAUAUGUACAAUAAAGUAUAACAUUUAUGUUCAUUUGACCUAGCUCCACGGACCGCAGCACGACUCCUCAUGUUGGCCACCCCUGAAUUAGAGUCUAUUUUAGCGAUAAAUUAGCAAUGAUAAUAAAAACGAUUUUCAUUUUACCUAGGCCUAAUUGAUACUUGAAUUACUUGGUGAGUCUUAGUUGACCUAUGCCCUAUUGACUAUUAUUAAGGUUACCUGACACAAUGAAAAAUUCCUACAACUCCUGCGACCCUUCUGGUGCCAAGCUGUUUCAUCCACAUAUUAUGAUUUUCCCUUACAUUAUCUGUAAGGUGAUUAGCUGUCUAGUGAACCAGCUUAUACUCCUAAGCCUUGUGAUUUCAUCCUUCAAAGUCUACACCAUAGUCACAUCGUGACAGACAUAUGCCAGAAAAAAAACCCACUUGGAGGUUAUCACUUAAAUAAUUUAUCCACUUCUGUCAGCUUUGUCUCCUCUUCAUUAAAAAAUACCUGGUGAAUCUAGUACUAUUGUACUACUUGGGUGCUGGAUGGUCGAGUGGUCUAAACUGAGUCAAUCGCAAGCAUGUGGUCUGGAGUUCAAGUGCAAACCAAAGACCAACUCAAGAAAAAACAUCACCAGCAUCCCAGGUGGAUGUGACCCAUUAACCUCAGAUGGCAACACAUCUAAGAGAAGGAAACUCUGAAUAAAAAACCUGGUGAUGGAGUCCCGAAGGUGGAUACAUUGAUACAAUGAAAAUUCUGAGAACUACUGUGGCACUACUGGUGCCAAGCUGUAUCAUCCAUAAAUGGUGUCCCUUGGGUUAUCCUGGUGCAUGGAGAGAGCCGAUUUGCUUUCUAGAGAACCAGUUUCAAGAAAAAAUCCCAGACCUUGGGAUUUCGCCCUGGGAAGUCUACACCUUCAUCUUGUUGUGACGGACAGAUGCAAGACUCUACUACUAAUAACUAGUUACUAGUAGUAUCAAUAGUAAUAGUAAAAAGCCAGCUCUACCAAAUAGGCCUAGGAACUCAAAAAAGUCUUUAAAAAGAAAAGCAUUUUCUAAAGUAUUCACAAAGGUAAGGGUCAGUCAAGUUCUGGGGGAAAAAAGUUAUGGAACUCACCCAAGGCGAAGGUCCCCCCCCCCCCCCCCCCCCUUUUUUCCACCAACCCCCCCUAUCCUACUCCCGAAAUAAAAAUGUAUUUAUUUCUUAGCAUAAAAAAGGAAUAAUGCUGUCACCUGUUAUAUGGCCAGUCCUACUCAUAGGAAACUUAUUACGAUUACUGUUAGUAAUAUUAGUGCAGUGCUGAUUCUAGCUGCCUGAUGUUUUCCAGAUAAAUCGAAUCAUUUAUCAAAUCUGGUAGCAUGUGGUGGUAGCACAUGUGUGUUCAUGAAAAUUUUGUGUAGCAACUUGUCCAUGAAAUAUUUUAGUUUCUAAUGACUCAUCCUGUGCCUGUACUUAUCUCAUGUAUGCAGUCUUGAUGAAAAAACUACUAGCUGCACACAGUUCAUUUAUUGUCUAUAAUAGUUCAAAUCACAUAAGACCAAAUUUGAAUGUGUCUUAUUUAUUUCGGUUGAUGGUUGUUAAUAGACCAGAUGUUUUAUUUAAAAUGAUUUUUUUCUUCUAAAUACUGAUAAACCUUGGAUUGCAAAGAUAAUUCAUUCUAGAAAUGUGUUCAUAAUCUAAAACACUCAAGAUCAAAGUGAAUUUCCUCGUAAGAAAUUCUAAUAAUAUAAAUGAAGAAUGAGUGUAUCUUGGAACAGUUUGCUGGUAAUGAUGAUAAUAAGGUGGCAUCUACUAAGACAAAGUUGUAUUUAAUUUUACAGGUCUGUCUAUAUUCUUAAGGAUUUGAAGGUAGUUCAAAAUGGCAACGGAACAAGUAAACCAUGGGACCACAAGAAAAGAAAUUAAUAUAUCAGGACCAGUAGACCUUGACCAAGACUUGGACUACGAUAGUUUUGAUGAGGGCAGCGGUGAGAGACCUGCAGAGAGAUGGGCUCCGCUUGGUGCCGCUGUUAGUCCGUCUACAUCUCCUUAUGAGCCGAGGUAAGUAAAUAAUUUUCUAAGAAAUUUGAUACCUUAAAUUGAUUUUUAAAAGGUUUAAAAACUUAACUUUAAUGAUCAAUGUGGAUUAAAAAGUAUGAGAACAAAUUUUAUUUGGUAAUUGUACUAUUCUACUCUGACACAUAUGGGCAAUGACAAUGUGAAGUUUAUUAUUAUUGUUCAUCUUUGGCACGCAAAGAUGGCCAAUGAAAUAUUUGGCUUGAGUAGUAGGUUUGACUUGAGCUCGCUUGCUUUUUUAAAAGUGAGGGUGAGUUUCUCAAUUUGUCCUGCCUCACUCUCUUGUCCUUGUCUGUUUGAUCCAAUUGUGUGACUUAGACAAGACGACAGAACGAAGACGAGAAUGCAGUAGAUGACCAGCAGUGAUUUUUGUGUUUCACUGUGCUCUUUAUGCAUUCCAUGUCACAGGAGUUAUCAGAAUGUUCAUUGUGUCAAUGUAUACCACCUAGGGGACUCCAUCACAGGGUUUGAUUUCAGAGUUUGUCCACUCUUAGAUGAGUUGCCAAUCCAAGGUUAACAGGUCUCAUCCACCUGGGGUGCUGGUGUCGUUUUUGGUUGUCUAGGGUUUGGUUGGGGAUUGAGGUCCAGUCCACAAACUUGGGAUGACUUAGGUUAAACUGCUAAACCACCCAGCACCCGCUGUCAAUAACUUGCACUGUCAAGUAAAAUGAAACAGAAUGUAACAAUUGAAUUUAAAUUUAAGAACCAUUUGAUUUGUAUGUACUAUUUUACUUGUACACAAUUAAAUUAAUAUUACCGGAAUCGUAAAUCGUACUCUUUCAUAGUAAUGAUAAAUACAACACACCAGUGUCAUCUUAAUUCUUGAUUCCAUUUGCAUCAAUGCAUUCAUAAAUAACUUCAAAAUAAAAUAAGCAUCAUUGUCUAUGACUUUUCAGACACACAUAUGAGAGCGAUGAGCUAGAGAGAUUAGAAGAGGAACAAGAACAGCUCAACUCUUCUCUCCUAGCACUUACCACACACUUUGCCCAAGUUCAGUUCAGGCUUAAGCAAAUUGUCAGUGCUAAGCCCGAGGACAAGGAGGUUUGCUAAAUAUUCAGUUUUUCUCUUAACAUUGUUUUUCAUGUUUUAUUUUAUUAUAUACAAUUAUUUAUUUCUUGUGCUUUAAUGUUUGCACUCAUGUUUUAUUUUGGGAAAAGAAAAUCUUGUAAAUCUACCUUGUGCUUUUAAAACAUGAAGUUUGAACUGACAAUUUUUAAAAUAAUCUUUUAGAAUUACUUACUGUAUAUACUUGCAUACAAGUCGUGCCAGUGGAUAGGUGGCAUCCUUAGUUUGGGUUCAUCUAAAUGGAUUUUUGCGGUUGACUAACAGAUAGGUACCACCCAUAGUUUAAAGAGUUACAUACUCUUUAUAUUGGUGUGCUGUUGAACUUGGCGUUACAUGGUGACAAUAGCUUAUUCUUAGAAAUAUUAUUUGUACAGGAUGUGAUUAACAGUUCAUUUACACUAUAACUCAGUAACUAUUAAUAACUGUUAACUGUUACUAAUUAUAAUGCAAUUUAUGCCCAGGUCACAGCUAACAGGCAAAACUAUAGAACUUUUACUAGAUGAUCUAAAUAAUAUUGUUUUUGCUUGGCUUUUCAUGACAGACCUUACUGAAAGAACUAGAGGAGUUUGCUUUUAAAGGUAUUCCAGAUGUCAGAGGCUGCAAAGUUCAGGAUGCACAAAUUUUGGAAGAAGUGGUAAGCUGUAUUUACCAUUUAAUGAUCAGAAUGUUAACAAUUAGUAAUGACCAUUUUGCCUUAUUAAAGAUGUUUGGUAAAUGUCUCCUUUUUAUUUCCUUGUUAAUUUUUUAUGAUAAAAGAGUGACUUAUUUGAAGCAAUCUUUUUGAAAAAAAUUUUUUUAAAAAUCUUCUAAUAUAUAUAUUUUAAAAUGUUGUUUUUAUGUCUGUUAAUCUUUUUCAUAUCUUGUCAUUAUAUUCUAAUAUGUUUUACAAAACUGAAUCUUUAAUGUAUAGGCCUAUAUCUUUGGGGACAAUACCAAAUUAUGUUAAGAUUGUCAGUUUUAGGCUGCAAUUUUACUUAAUUAAUGCUUUAUGUGUCUAUAUUCUAGGUAUAGUUAGUUCCCUGGUUGGUGUGAUCCAUAUAGACCUAAAAUAGAACGUUUGUCAGACAAAAAGCAUGAGGCUCCUGUUAAAUAAAUUAUGGCCUGGGAUAGUUGGUUAAACAUCAUCUUGAUAAAAACAAAUUACCUAGCUACAUAACAAUAUGAUAUAUCCUAAAAAAUAUGGGUACUUAAAUCAUAUAAUCAUUUUCAUUACUAAAGAAAUGCAACUUCACUCUUUGUUAAAUGAUGUACACUCUCCAUAAACUCUAUUACUGUUUUUAUGAAUCCAUUUUUUAUAAACCCCCCCCCCCCUCCAUUUUUAAACCCCAAAAAUGUGAUAGUUAAAAAAAAAAAAACAUAAAACUUUCCACGUAUAUUUAAAAAAAAUUGUUUUAACUUUAUAGUUUAAAAAAAAAAAAUCCUUUUCCUGUGUUUAUUUCAUGUAUUUUUCAAGGAAUUUAUUAUUUGGUACUCAUAAGUUUCUUCCUAGGUAGGUUUGAGUUUAGCUAUAUUUUUUUUUCUUUCCCAAGAGUGAACGUGAACAUGAGCAAAAGAUUAGUGAACAGAGAGAAAAGCAAAGACAGCUGAUUCAGCAGCUAAAAUCUCAGUUAGAAGAUCUGGAAACUUAUGCUUACGAGGUCAGUUUUUUAAAACUAUUUAAACACUUCCCUUAAGCUUUUUAAAGUAAUUAAUUAUGUACCUUUAAUAAAGAAGCAUUGCAACUGUAAUAUUUCCUUCAUUACAGGUUAUUAGAGUGUUAGCCAGUGUCUUUGAGAUUUUUGUAAAUAUCACAUACGGGGACCAGACAUCCUGGUUAACAUGGUUAAUCACGGCGUCCCUUCAGGAAAUUUCCAGACCUAUGGUGUUUUCUGAAUAACUGUGUAAAUUAUUCCCUAGACAUGGUUUAAUGCUCCAGCUGUAAGAGUCUUUUCUCUGAUUAAAACAACAUGUGAACACCAGAUAAAUCAAAACUGAAAGUCGAUACAUUGAAACAUAUCCUGGUUGUCAAAGUCGAUACAUUGAACCAUAUGCUGGUUGUCAAAGUCCAUACAUUGAAACAUAUGCUGGUUGUCAAAGUCCAUACAUUGAAACAUAUGCUGGUUGUCAAAGUCCAUACAUUGAAACAUAUGCUGGUUGUCAAAGUCCAUAAAUUGAAACAUAUGCUGGUUGUCAAAGUCCAUACAUUGAAACAAAUGCUGGUUGUCAAAGUCCAUACAUUGAAACACAUGCUGGUUGUCAAAUGCAAUUUCAGUGAUUCAUGUGACAAUUUUUAUAUGUUUUUAAAAAAAUGUCAUGAGAGCUACUCACUCAUCUCAGAAAUAUUAGUGUGUCAUGAUUAUGCAAUUAAUAAUUACAAUUCACUGGUUGGUGCUUCAUAUUUCUGACAUACGUCAGUUGUGUCAAUUUCUUUUUAUUUUUUAACAACAUGUCAAUUGUUAUUAAUUAGUUACUCGCUGGCAAGAUGUUUUUCCUUUUAUGAACAUUUAAAAACUGACAUGUUCAAUCUCAGACUCAGAAAGUAUUAAUGAAUUCCCCACAAAAAAUUUCUGGUCUUUUUCUAAUUUAUUGUUCACAAAUAUUUAACCUGCAAUUCCUUAUUAACACAACGUAAGGUUUUGCAGGUCAACAACAUAGUAUACGAUAUGCUAUGUAAUUUACAUUAAUGAAGUUUGUUAUUUGCGCUUCAGGAAAUCGUGUCCUUCAGUCAAUUUUCAACAAACCAUUUUUGGCUAAUGCUAGUUUUGAACGAUCUACUAGUACUAAAGAUCUUGUUUUUGGAUGUUUUUGUCUGUUUUGCAAACGUACCCAGUUUAUUAACCUACACAUGUACCACCACAGACUGGAGAUGCUGACAGUCUGCCCACAAGUCAAGUAAUGGAGAAGCAGAAAGUGGUGCUGGAGGAGUUGAAACACAAGCUUGACUUAAACUUGGAGAAUUUUGACAGCCUCAGGUGAGGAAAUUUGAUAUUGAGGAUAUUACAAAUUGAGUAAAUUACAUAUUGAGAUAAUUACAUAUUAAGGAAAUUACAUGUCAUCAUCAUCCAGAAACUUCUUUCAUUUGAAUAUAAGAACUUUAAAUAUCAAGUGUUCUCAUGUAGUUUUGAAAGUGACUAUUUUCUCUUAUAUUCUUUUAAAAUUUUCAAUUAAACACCAGAAGAAUCAACCAAGGAUGAAUAACACAGUCAUCAGGUUUUUGUUUUUGAUGUAAUUAAAAAAAAAAAUUUGAUGUUAAAAAUUGUAUGCUCUUUUGAUUAAAAAAAUUAAAAAAUUCCAAAGUUCUCUAAAUGGUAGAUAGCUAAGGUUUAAUUUUUAUGAGGUGUGAUCACUUCAAAAAAUUUGUAACAUGUAUUUGUUUAGCACAGAGGAGCUAAGACAAAUUGUUGACCAUGCAGUUGGCCAAAUCGUCAAUCCAGCUAAAGUGAAAGAGAAACUGGUGGAGCAGCUGAAAACUCAAAUUGUUGACCUUGAAAGAUUCAUUCAGUUUUUACAAGGUAUGAAUCAAAUGUGCAUGAAUCUGACACCACCCCCCCCCCCCAACCAAAAAAAAAAUACUGAUUCUAAUUUAUCAAAUUUACUGUUUUAAAACCCAAUUUUUGUGUGAUAAAGAAAACCAUUCAGACUCUGUUGCCCAGUUUUCAGGCUAACUUAGUGAUUUAUGUGUCCCAAAAACAUCCCCCUCAAAGAUAUGACUAGUGAUUGCUGAUGAUAAGAUUUGUUUUUUGUGCUGUUCUUCCCUGUCUUGAUUGCUAUUAAAAAAAAAUGAAUCUUACAAAAUUUCAGGGGAAGCCACAAGUCCAGGUCCCUUAGGAAAAGAGCGUUGUUUAUGUCCCUUACAUGAAGAUGGUCAGGUAAAGUAAACUAGAAAAGUGUAUUAACUAAGACUUGCCAGGCCUAUUUGGAAGAUUAUGAAGCGAACAAAAAUGAUACCUUCAGUUUUGUGUGUGGAAAUAAUGGAAUUAUUUAGACGCUGAAGUAAAAAAAAAAUUCACUUUGUCCAAAUACUGUAAUGCAGCAUGUGUCACACCAUUUUGUUUAAAUGUUAUUUUGUUCUAUUUGAUUAUUCACUUCAGUCUACAGCCCCCCACUCUCACACUGGCCAAAAGGCCUUGGGGCCCACAGCUCAUCCUAAACAAAAAAAUCAGUUCAACUUUAGUUCGAAUGACAAAAGACAUGAGCACAACAACUCGAAGGUAACAAACUUUUUCAUUAUUUUUAAACUUAAGUUAAUUAUAAACAUCCUUUUUUUUUUUAAAUCUGAAAUGUUAAGUUUUAACUCUUGGACUGUUUGUAAAGUUACACUUAUAAAAACUCAAAAUUAUUGUAAUUAAAUAAUAAAUUAAUCCCCUAAAGUGCAUUUAUUGCUGUAAAUGAAUUUUAUCAAAUUACAUGAAGUGAAUUGAUGAGUGAUAAGUACAAUUACACAAUUUAUGAUAUCUUUUUAAAAAAGCAAUAUCGACAUUAAGAAUGUGUUGUUUAUUUUAACAUUAAUUGAUUUCAAAUUCUUGCAAGUGUUGAGAUGACACUCUAAGACAGAUUCUCCUUUUGUUUUGUUGAUAUCCCAGCACAUAAAUGAGUCUGCCAACAGCAUAAUGAAGAAAGCCCUCACCAUACUUCAGAUCUACGUCAUAAGUCAGCUGGGUUGCGGUAGCAGAGAAUUCAAACGGAACCUUCUCAAGAAAACAGCUAGAGGCAACCACUGGGGGUAAGGUGAUUUAGCCUUCACUGUAGAUUUUAUAUUCCAUUGAUCAGAAUUUGCCUAUCAUUGUUUAUAACGAUGGCAGCGAACUGCUCUUACCCAGUUAGUUCAUUGUUGAUUGCAACUAUUCAGUAUUUCUACUGGUGGGAGUAACAAAGGAAGUAAGAAUGAGGGUAAUAGUGGGAGUAACAAAGGGAGUAAUGAUGACAGUAAUAGUGGGAGUAACAAAAGGGGUGAAGAUGGGAGAAUUAGUUUAUUCCAGUAAAUAGUUUUGUGUGUGUUACUAUAUGAAAAAUAAGGAUCAGUAGUGACAGAUUUAUUGACUGCAAAUCAGAGUUGUGCUGCUCCUACUAGUGGGAUAGUUAUAAUGUAUUACUUAAUCAAACUAGGACACUGACAUGGCAAAACUUCACAGAGUUUUGAAUUGGACAAUGCUUCAGUGAUGAAUGGAUUACAAAGGCAUGGCUUUGUCUUGUAAAUCCAGCAACUUAUGUCAUUGGUAUGUGAGCAUAUCAGCAUAUGAAAGGUGGAAAAUUUUUUUUCUUAUUUUAUGGAUAUUCCCCCCCCCCCCCCUUCUUAAAUUGGAUCAUCCCUAAUAGGUUGGAUCCUGAUAUGUUGGUUCCUGAUACGAUGGAUUCUGAUAUGUUGGUUCCUGAUAUGUUGGUUCCUGAUACAGUGGAUUCUGAUAUGUUGGUUCCUGAUAUGUUGGUUCCUGAUACAGUGGAUUCUGAUAUGUUGGUUCCUGAUAGGUCGAUGACUGAUAGUUUCAUUCCUGAUAGUUUGGUUUUGGGGUAGGCAUCUGUGAGACAAGUACCAGCAUGUGUUUUCCUUUUGGUUUGAACCUGGCCUUAAACAUACUUUGAUACUUGCAUCUAUUCAGAGACUUGAGGGCCAAGCUAGAAAUGGCUAUAACAAAAUGUAUAGAGCUGGCUGAACAACAAAAAGCUGAGGCAAAGCAGGACACAGACAGUGAGGACUAUUCCUCUGAUUCAGAUGAGGUGACACUUUAAAAAAACAAAAAACAAACUCUUUGAUAUUUAUUGGAAAAGUUUUCAUUUAAGACAUCAUCAUUUGAAGAAUUUCUUUUAGAUAUUAGCAUUGAAAAAUUUCUUUAAGACAUUAUCAUUUGAACAUUUUUUCAUUAAAACAGCAUUAACAAACAAUAUCUUAAGAAAAUUACUGAUAGGAACUCACACAAAGCCUAAUGGCACAUUAAGAGAUUCUUGCAUAAAACAUAUUUUCAGUACAAUGAGCCUCUGCUUGAUAAAUAUUAAUCGCAAAUCAAACUCAUAUGUCCCUGAAUCAAAUUCCUUAUUAUCCAAUCAUUCCUUAUACAUAGCUUUAAUGCUCUUUGUCACCCUCUCUAUUCCUGGCAUCAACAUCAUUCAUAUUUUUAAAAUAUUUUAAAAGAAAUAGUCAAGGACGUAAUAAAGUAUUCAGUAAAUGGAUAAAUGAUUAAACUUUUCCACCAUAACAAUCAGGUAACUAAAUUUAAGCUUAAAGAAAGAACCAAAAUGAAAAUGUUUAUUAUUUCUUCCAAUGAGAAAUCUGUGGGAGCAAAGAAUUAAAACUGUGGAGCUAAAUCAAUGUUUGUAAAUGUUUUAACAUUAAACUCUUCCCUUAGAAUGUCAACCAGUCCAGCCCUGCGUUGACCCAGUGUGUCCGUAAAGAUCUAGCCAUGGCCAUUCGGGAUCUAAUGCAGCACGGUUUGAUGGAGAUGGGUCCGUCCGGUAGUCUUGUUCCAUUUGGAUGUUUCCCCAGCCGAUCGGCACAGAUGACCCGCAUGCUUCAUGCCUGGGACUUGUUCCUGAAAUUUUAUGAGAUGAAGGUUGGCUGGUUAAAAAAAAAUCACCUUGUUACAAAAAUAAAUAUAUUUAAGAUAACUGGGACUGUGUGUAUUGUAAAGGAUGCUUUAGUUUGUUUUUUUUUAAAUUAAGAAAUUUAGUGAGGCUCAUCAGAUAUCUCAUACCUAAGUCUGACAGCACUGCGUUUAUUCAUUUCUAACCAGAAAUGCCUUUGCUUUCAUUCCCAGCAUGGCCGUGAGUACAACGAGUCCCCCGCCAGGAAGCUCUCUCAAUCGUUCCACCUUGACAUGAUUGGGGGCAAACCAAUCACUGCGAAACAGACCUUCCUUGGGGCUAUUGACACAGUCAUCAAUUCGCACACUCCCCUCAAGCGUAGUGAAGAUGCCCACUUCAAGGCUUUUAUAUGUAUGGCUCUCAAGUGAGUGUUUCUCUGUUGUAAAGCUAUGCCCUAAGAUUGGAUUUUAUGUUAAUAGUUAUAGAACUUUAUUGUGAACUAGAAUUUUUACCAUAACAUUUGUUUAAAUUAAAUCUAAGAAGAAAAAAUUUCUCAUCCGGAGCUGGAUUUAUUAAAUGUUAUAAUAAUAAAUGUUAUGGUAACUGAAACCAAACUAAUUAAAAAUCUUUAGAUAUUCAAUUCUUAGUUUUGAUCUUUUUAUAUGUUUGACCAAUCUAACCUUUUCUAGUGAGCGUAAAUUGGUCACAUGGUUACGGCUCCUAUUUAGAACUCAGAGUCUAAUAGACACCUAUUAUCAAGACUGGAGCUAUGUAGCUAGAACAGGUGAGAGUGCUUUUAAACAUUGUUUGAAUUUAAUCAGAAAGUAUUUUAGUCUGAACAAAUCCGAUGCAGAUCACUUUUUUUUGGUACAAAAUACACAACACAAAAAUUUUGGAAAUAUUGAAAAGAUGAUGGCUUCAUAAGGUAUUGAUCAAACCAUUUCAGCUGGCAUGUGAACUUUCUAUUGUCUGUCCCUGCUGUAUAUUAGAAUUGAGUGCCUUAUUUUGUUUAAUUAAUUGCAUUUAAUUUGUCUUACAUUAAAUUUAUCUUAUGUUAAAUUUAUCUUUUAUUUGUGAGAGUACUGUAGUAUCUCUUUGAAGAACAAAAAUCAAUUUAUUUAAAAUUUAUUUUGUUAAUAUUUAUAAAGAAAAGCCACAAUAAAAUCAUGAAGUGUGUUCUCUGGGAGGCUACCUGCAGGCAUUAUAACUUUAAAAAAUUUUUUUAUACACAACUCCAUAAUUCAGGAUUUGAAGAUGCAUUACGAUCACUUGAACGUCUGCUGGUCAUCAACUUCAACCUGCCUGUGGACCUUGCAGUCAGGACCUUCAGUAACAUCAAGGAUGCCUUCUGAUAGCAACAGAUCAGACCAAACAGUGACAGCAUUCAUUCAUCAGGAGAUUUUAGGCUGGGGGGCAUGUAAAUUGUGGAUAAUUUCAAAAAGGGCCAUUAGCACACAAUGUCUGGUACCAAUUGUCAAAUAAGUUCACAAAAGAGUGGAGGAGAUAUGCAAGUUUACUGCCAGUUUUAAGUUUUGAUUUAAACAUUUGUUUCAACUGAAUUAUACACUUAACUUUUUUAUUUUGUGAUUUGCCUGUUUUUUAAAACUGAACAAGAAGUUUAUGCCUUCAAGGCAAAUGCCCCCCACCCCCCAGACCAUAAUAAUUUAUUAUUUCAUUCAAGAUUUUCUACUGGCUCAAAUAAAUUUGUGUCUGUAACCUUAUUUAAACCAUUUUCCUAUAAUUUUAUGUAAUGGUUGCAAAUCUGUUCCACUUUUAAAAAAAAUUAAAACCCCAAUUUAGAUGUACAAGUUUGACUUAACAAAAAUAAAAUUUAACGUGACUACUUAUUAUCAUAAUUUCACCCUUUCUCACUGAAACAUUGCUCUUGAUUGUGAAUAUCUUCCUUAUGUAGAGUGUAAAGAUUGGCACAAAGGUCUGUGGUUAUUUGAUUUUGUUUUGUUUCUAUCUACAUCUGUUAAAAGGGAUAAUAAAUGAAGGAUUGCGUUCAAGCUUUGUGAAGGAAAUAGUAGCACAAGAUAUGUGGAAGCUGGAAUCAGAAGACAGGACAAAAGAUAGAAUGUUGUGUCUAAGACUACUAGCCUUCCUCAGCAUACAUUUAUCCUGUCUUUUGAUUAAAGCUUUCACAUACUUUGUUCUACUAUUUCCCUAUUGAAAUGGGUAGGAUUAAUUCCAAGUUUGGGCAUAUUUGUGUAUUUUAAAUUUUCUUUUGCUUAAAUCAUGUGAUAAUUUGCUUUCCAAAAAUCAUUCAGAUAUUGUAGAGUUAUAAAAAGUAGAGAUUAGUAAAGGGCUAUUGGGACUUUUCAGUUGGCAAAGUUUUAAAAAAAAAUAUACCCCGGUAGCAACCAUGAUAAGAUCUUGACUGCAAUUUCUAAUGGCUAACAGCAUUUUUAACCAGGGUAUUAGAGACUUUGUGGGUGAUUUAUCACUUUAUUGUUAUUAUUUUUUCCUUAUGAACUCUUAUCAAAUUUUUAAUAGCAGAACCUGUAGUUUCCAUUGGCUUUAUGAUAUUGGUUUAUCAUUUGUUUGUAAACUUUCAAGACCUUUUGUCUUGUAUUAUGUUUUGUUCUAUCCUAGAACUCAUUUAGUUCUAAACAUUUAUUAACCACAUUUUUUUUUUUUUUUUUUAAAUUUUUGUUUCACUACCAAAGAUCUGUUCAGUUAAAUCCACAAUUUUAUUUCAUACGUUUUUUGUUAAAUCAUACAUUUAAGUUGAUUUUUGUUUACAAUUGACAUUUUUCUCCUCAUUAAAAAAAAAAAAAAAGAAAGUUCAGAUAUUUAAAGCCCUGUCUACACAGUCAUGAUGUAAGAAUCCUCCAUUGGAGAUCAGGAAAUGUACAGACGCACUCCUCUGUGAUAAUAAUUAGUUUAAAAAAAAAAAAAAGAGUGAAAUGUUUUUUUCAUAAAAUCUAAUUAAAAUAAUUUGAGAGACCAACUUCAGAUUGAGACAUCAUCCUGCCCUGCACAUCUCUGAUUUCCCUAGAGAUUUCCAAUUAAAGCAGGACAGGUACAAUUACUAUUUAUCGAUUUUUUUUUUUUUUUUUUUUUUUUUUUUUCUAUAUUUUUUUUUGUUUUAAACAUUUUUUUUUCUUUUUUUUUUUUUUUUUUUUUGAAAUUUUUGUUUCACUACCAAAGAUCUGUUCAGUUAAAUCCACAAUUUUAAUUCAUACGUUUUUAGUUGCAAAUGAGCAUCGCAGUAAAAUUCUUAUAAUCCAAAAACAGUUGGACCUGGAAGUUUUUUUUUCAAGUUAGGCUAAAUUUUAAGUUUAAAAAUUAAAACUUAAACCCAUACAAAUGCUAAAUAUUGAUAAUUAUUUUAGAUAACAUUUUUGAAAGGGUUUUCAUUGUUCUUAUGGACUAAAAAUUAUAUUGACUUUUUUUUUCAAAGAGUGAAGCUAACUUCUAGUCCUUAGUUUCUUUGGCUGUGAUUUUGACAUUAUGUCUAAAUUUAAUUUGAAUUGAUUGUGCAAUAAUUUAAUAUAUUACUUUACUUAUACCAAUGUAUUAUACCUAUUAACAAACACAGGCUGGUGGGGCUUAAAAAAAUGAAUACUAGUUAUACAGUCCUUGGUUUAAGAAAUAAUAUGCCAGAUUGUCUUGAACUUUUUGUGUUUCAUGCUUAUUCUUUUAAUAUUACAGUACAUAAAUUAAUAUUAGUUAAAAAAAAAUAAUAUAAUGUUCUUGAUAAAAUCAGAAUUUUCAGUAUUAAAUUUUAAUAACAAUAUAAUUUACACCUUGUUAACAUUGGUGUUGAAAUGAUCUUGUUUGGUGUUCAGAUUAAAUUUUACCAAAGUUUAUACGCUUUUAAAAUUCAGUAGGUUACAAAUUUGAGCUGACAGAAUUUGAUUAAGACUAUACACACUGAUGACUUGAUCAGUUGUAUGUGCAUCUUAUUUUCAUGUUAUCUGGACCAGUUAGUGUUUUCAAUAUAACAUUCAUUCAUAUUAUCAGAUCUGAUCAGAAGAGGUUUUAGAUUGAAAACACACAUGAAAUAAUUGUUUAACAGGAAACCAUGGCAACAGAAAUAUCCUUUGUGUUAAGAUUUACUGUUAAAGAAGGUAACAAAGAAAUCUCCCUACAGUUUUUAGUAGUGCAACAACCUAAAGAGCACAGAUAAAUAUUUUUAGCUUGCGAAGAUUUGACCAAAAAGGCUAAAAAUACCAAAAAAUAAAGGGAAAUUGAAUCCUGAUGAUUUGCUGAGUUAGCUAUAACAAACUUUGUUCAAAGAGUCCCAAACAUCUACCGGAUAAGCUGAUCAGUUUUAACUCAAAGGCUAAGUGGACCUAAUUUUUUCGAUUGUACAGAUUUUUUAAAACUAAACACUCAAUUCAUAACUACGUGACACUUGACACUCGUUUAAAGAAUAGACUAAAAAAAAUGUAGCCUUCUGACGGUUGAAAUCAUUUGUUUAAAUCAUUUGUGAGGCUGCUUUAAGACAAGCAUCACACACUGAAACUUAUUUUUAAUUAUCACAUGUCAUUUGGUGACAUUUCAUAAGCUAGUAAAAGUCCAAUUUUGCUGUUGAAUGUUGAGAUAAAAGUAUGAAAUCACAUUUGCAUUUUGCUGGGACCAUAAUAUUUUUUCAUGUUAGAUGAUUUUUUUGUUGUUGUUAACUGAUGACCUUUUUUUUUGGAUGAUGUUUUGAAAACUUUUCAUCAUAAAAUGUUAGGUCAAUGAUGGAGAUUUUAUUUCUUUGCUGGGAAAUUAUAUUUAAAAAAAUAUUAUGUUAGUGUAAAACCGAAUCUCUGUAAAUUACCUGUUAUCUCUGUGAAAUGUUCAGACGAGGAUCUUGAAUUAAAGCAUUUAUUUAAUGUCUCUUUACCUUGAUAUUUUGAUUUCCCUUAAAGUUAUCACCCUGACCAUUUCUCAGUACCUCUAAUGACCAGUGAUGAAGAUAAUGUGGAUGAAUUGCAUCCAUCUGAUGGUAGACUCUGACCUAGUUAAUCUGUGACCUUUGCCAUGACCGAAUGACCUGUCUCUAGUAUAAAUUUAGUUACCACACCUUUCAUUCCAUGGAUUGAUCUCUGAUUGAAUAAUUCUGUGACCUAUGCCAGGGCAGACUGACCUGUCUCUUGUAUAGAUUUAGAUACCUCAUCUUUCAUUCCAUAGGAUGGUUUCCAUCCGACAAUAUUAUGAUUUUACAACUCCAAUCUCUAUUACAAUUUUUUUACCCAUUUAAAGGGAUCAAAAAUAAAAAAGACCUGAAGUUUCAAUUGCAUGUUAAUCAAAAUAGAGUAUUUCAACAUGGAUGAUAUGAGGUUUCAUGUAAAACACUUUCUGGCAUAAUGUCUACAUUUACAGACCUAAAUUGCUAACAAUAUGUUUUUGAUCUAUUUUACAUAAUUGCCAAAGUGACAAAUAUACCAUAAAAACAGUUUCUCAAGAAACAUAAUUAACCAUGAAUCAUUGAUAUUUAAAUGGCAUGGUGUACAUUCUUAAUUGAAUCUUGAUUUUCAUUGGAUUACAUUAAAAAUGGUGCAGUAUUAAAUCAUACAUUUAAGUUGAUUUUUGUUUACAAUUGACAUGUUUCUCCUCAUUAAAAAAAAAAAAAAAGAAAGUUCAGAUAUUUAAAGCCCUGUCUACACAGUCAUGAUGUAAGA